AUGAAUUCAACCGGGAAUCAAACUGCUCCUUUGACACAAGGAAUGAUUUGCAGCAAUGAAGCAGAACUUGUCUCGAUGGUCACUGUGCAAUUCUUAUCAUUCCUUGCAAAUUUGGUGGCAGCGAUAGCAAUAUGGAGGCUUCCAGGCCUAGAAGAAAACAAGUAUCAUCUUGUUGUCAGAACUCUGGUUGUCAGCGACCUCCUAAUCCCAAUCACAACGCUUCCAUUCUCCAUCAUCUCCUUUGCAACCUGUUCGUGGAUUGGAGGCGAGACUUUGUGCUCCGUAACUGCGUUCAUCUCCACCACGUUUCUAAGCUGGUCUUUUAUUAUCGUGUUUAUAAUGUGCCUGCUCCGUUUCCUGGCAGUUACAAGGCCUUUGUACUACAGAAACCAAGUUACAUAUGCGAGAGUGCGGAAUACUCUGAUAGUCGGUCUGUUAUGGCCUUGCGCUCACCUUAUUCUUCCUGCUACGGGCUUCGGAAAGUUUCGUUUGUACAGUAAAGGACUGUACUGUGCUCUCGAUUUAACAACAGAGGAACCAAAUAAUAAGAUUCUACUCUACGCCACGGUUGUGGAAGGAAGCCUAGUUACUUUGGCUGUGUCGUAUUUCUGUACCACUAUCUUGUGUUUUGUUAAGAGGAAGCGAAGAGUAAACAGUUUGCUCUCCGAACAGCAGCAGCGAGGAGCUGGCAUCGAGAAAGUUAACAGGCAACAAGGAGGAUUUGCACGAUUAACUUUCGUGAUUGUUGCACUGUUUUGUAUUUGUUACGUUCCAUUCUUGGUAAGUAUUUAAAUGGGGUAAUUUUGACGAGCCUGUGUACGGCCGUAGGUAAGAUUUUCAUUCAAUUACUGAAAUUACAUCCAUAAACGAUCGAUGUAAUGACAUUUUUUCUUCCAGCCGACAGAAGUUGUUAGAAAUUGCCAAAUUUGUGGUUGAUAUUUUCUGCAACAAAAUUAACUUUUUUCAACCGGCUAGCUGGCGUCAUCAAUUAAAAUCACUCAAAAAUGCAAGAUGUAGCGAUUCAUCAACGUCUCUGAGGAUGGUGAAACGAAAUUCUGAGUAAGAAGAACGAACAACAACCUUCAGCAAUAACAUGAACAUAUUGAGAGAACAAAAUUUUGAUUUCUAAGGAUCGUCGAUAAACUCCCUUGUUGUGUAAGAAAAGACGAUGAAGUUUGAAAAUUUUGUCGACGAAGGAUCAGCACAAAACUCUACUAAAGAUCUAGCAAGAAAUAGGCCAUGAGAAGACCUGUAGGACCCGAAAUUUUCUGUCCGCGUGAGAAUUUGGGACCAGUCGGGUAAAAGUUUACCGGAGGUCUGGCACUGAUAAUGCUUUUAGUGCCAGAUUCCAAAGCUUUCAAUCACAGAAAAAAAAAACAAAACAUGAAAGUGUAAUUAACUGAAAGGUAAUUUUAAACUUAUGGUAUGGUCCGAAUUCAUUAUUCUUUCAGUCUUACCGCGUGUUUAUUCUGAUACGAGGCCCAUCCUCAUACGACGACCACACUUACUUCUACUCUGAGUUAUUGGCUCACGUCAACCCUCUUUUAAAUCCACUGGUAUACGUGCUUUGCAACAAACAAUACCGUGCUUCUAUCAAGGAGCUCUUCACAAAAAGUUACUGCAAAAGCGUGAGAUGGUGGUUGGGCGAGAAAUUUUACUUAACAGGUAAAAAAAAAUGACGUUUAUCACUACAGUUUGAGUCCACCUUAGUCGAUUAGACCGCUCUUUCUUUAUCGGUCUCAAGGCUUAACGACCCACGAGAGAACGUCCCUGAGCCAGAAGGUCUUCCAAAUCACGAGCCGAAGGCGAGUGACUCUCAAAGGUCUCGAGUGUCCAUCAUGUUUGAUUAGAUAGACAAAGUAGUCACUUUCCAAAACACAGGCAUACACAGUCAAGUCUUUGAUUUUCGCAGUUAGUUUUGCCCUAAGAUUUUCUGAGAUGAAAGUUACCUCUUUCGUAGCCGCACAGACCGUGUAUCGUAAAGUUGAUUUGAUGUGCCUAGACUUGCUCAUUCAACGUUUUGUUAAAAUUUGAUAGCUGACGGUGAUAAAAUCAGCGAGCUUGAAACUUAAAUUUCUGUAAUGCGUACCCUAUUUCAAUGUUAUUAACUCAUUUUUAGUAUAUUUCCUUCAUUUUUUUUUAGAUGAAAAUACACGAAGCAUAGAGUUGAGGAAGAUGUCCGCGUUUUCUACAAGAACACAAAGUAUUGUUUUGGAAUAACAGGUCUUAGUUUCCCUUGGAUCUGAAUCGUAUUUCUCCCAUCUAGCUUGCAUAUAAUUCCUUAAAAUAGGUCAAGAAAAUUUGGUGUUAUAUCAAGAAAUCAUUAUCAAGCUAGCGCGCAGAACAAGCGUCAAUUUGUUUCUGCAUUUUUUCUCAGGUGAGCGGAGGCAAACACACACGAGAGGAAGGAGCCCCUCCCCUUACCCUCCCCUCCCACUCGCCUCGCGCUUGCCUGCGCUCGCCUAAAAAUGAAAAGAGGAUUCUACAGGUCACCAUCAAGCUAAUGAGUUAAUUCAUUCUCAUUACUUGUUUGAAGGAUAAAGUUUCCAUAUUGGAAAUGCUACAUGUCAAUAAUAUCUGGGCUAGUCGGCUGAAGUUUUGACAAUUUAAGUGACGGUAAGGCCCCUUGGUUGACGGGGG